UGUCUGUCACCGUUUGACAGUUCGUUCGACGAAAAAAUUGCAAUGAAAUGAAAACCAACAACAAAUUUGAGUUAAAUUAGUAAAAAUGGUCCACAGAGACAUAUACCACAUCGUAACCUUAAUAAUCAACGACAAAUACAGCCGAUAUGCCGCUCUAGCAGUUACAAUCUUGUCAUUAAAAUUAGCCCUGUUUUAUAGUUCCAUCGCUGCGUUGGUAGUUUACGGCGGAUACGUCCUAGGUUGCUUCGUGUGUUGGUGCCUCCUUAAAUACCACAGCACAGCUUCAGUGUACCUCCUCAGUCUUGUUACUUUUUGCUAUGGAAACAACUCCUUUCGCAAGAGAUUGAAACAGUCUUGCAGCAUUUGCGACGAUUUAUCGUGCAAGAGACAUCUACAAAGCAAAGUGGUGACACCGUGGAAGGAUUUGUACAUUCCAAAGGAACUAAACAGUGCACUUGAGGAGUUUUAUAACAAAAUCUUGGAAAAUUUUAUAACUUCUUGGUAUGGUCAAUUCACCACUGACGCCGACUUUCUGAACGAACUUCGCUAUUGUUUACAAUACGCGAGUGCCGCUAUUAUUACAGAGUUUCAAAAUCUGGAUCAUGCUAGUAUAAUAUCGCGAAAAUUAGUACCGUGUGUUAUUAAACACAUCGAUGACUAUCUUUACAUGCAACAAAUCGUCAAACUGAAAAAGUCGCGGUUUAAUGAUGUUGUGGUGGAUUAUUUGGGGAAGAGGCUCCACGUGGCCACCGUGAAUCGAAAAAGUGAAUUGAGCUAUCUUCAGUAUUUAGCGUCGUCGUUGAUGCCGCAAGUUCUCCCCGACAAGUACUUACAAUGCAAAAAUUAUUUAGUUUUAAUUAGAGAAAUAUUAGCUGGGUGGGUUUUACUACCCUUGAUGGACGUUCUAGCUGACCCUAACAUAAUAAAUUUGUUGGUAAUACUCGCCAGUACGUACAAACCCAAGUAUCAAAUGAAGAAUAAAUCAGUCUGUAACAAAGUACAAUUUUUGAAAAAUUUCAUUAACAAUAAUAGCCAAGAUUCGUCGUUUGCCACGGAUUUGAACACUAUUAAGGGUAACACUGAGUUACUAUACGCCUUUAUGCAGUUUUUGAAAAAGGAGGAGCAUGUACAUUUGUUGCAGUUUUGUCUGGAUGUUGAUGAAUUUAAUAACAAGCUUUUGACUCCUGAGUUGUCUAAAAAACAACUAGAGGAGCUCCACUCAGAAGCGCUAACUCUGUAUAAAGAGUACUUGAGUCAAGAUUGCGUCAAUUUUGUCGGUUGUCCAGACGAAAUUGUCAAUGAUUACUACGCCCUCAUCAAAGACGGCGUCUACAACGUGGCGAGAUUGCGCACCUCCAAACCCCUGUAUCAAGCAUAUGAGCACACUUUUACAGUCCUGGAAAAAAUUUGGUUGCCGUCGUUUUUUCACAGCAAUGAGUUUUAUAGCCACAUUUGUGGGGCGAAGAUCACCGCCACCUACAACAAAGCCGCCGCUUCCAGAUCUGUUGUUAAUUUUGGCUCACCUCUGAAAACGCGCGGACGAAAGUACUAUGAGACACCUAGUCAAGGUACCGUUGCUAAAAUCAGCAGCGGCAUUGGUAAGAUAAGAGGAGCGCUUAAAGUAGCUCAACCCAUAGAUGGCGCCAUACACCCACCUGAGACCCAAACAAUUGAAAACGGGACAGUCGAAGACAUAAUUAUUUCCGAGUGUGGUAAUAUUUUCCGGGACUUGAGUGCGUGGAGGGUCUCGAUUUUAUCAUAUCAGACGACUAACAAAAUCGUCAGUUUUUGCAUAAACGUCCAACGAUUGGAUGUCGUUGAUGACUGUACAAAGCGGCACUGGAUAGUAUCUAGGAAGGAUCAGGAUUUUUACACCCUGAAAGCAAAGUUGGUGGAGUUUCACGGCGAAAACGAGUUCAACGAUGCGUCACUUCCGUCUAGAAAAGCUGGCAGUUCGCUUGAAAUCAGAAUGAAAAAGUAUGAGGAGUUUCUAACCAAACUUCUCCAGAAACCGUCGCUGAGGGGCAGCGACUUGUUGUUUUCGUUUCUGACGGCUGAAGAAGACUUCACGGUGUUGAUGGCCACGAGUGCCCAGAAUGUACAGGAUUUGGGUAACAUUUAUCAGUCGGUGGCGCAUAAACUGAGGAAGGAGAAGGGGCAACAUUUGGAUUCUUUCAUGGGGACGUUUUUAUCGUCGACUGGAAAAUCAAAAUCGGGAAAAUUCGAAUGGGCCGAAAUUGGCGACGAAGCAACCCUUAGAACAACGUUCGAAACCCGUCCUCCCAUGCCCAAAACCUUCCGCAACCACGUCUUCAACGACAACUUCGGCACAUCCUUAAAAGACUUGAAAGAUUCGUGCAGCAGUUCGUUCAAUCCAGUCGGAAUGAUCCAGUGCGUGUUUUAUUUGCUAAAAUACGUUUUUAAAAUUCCCCAGUGUCUACUCAAACUGUACGCCGCCGUCUGCAGCGUAGCGCAGGAAGCAGUGGAAGCUUUCUUUAGCAUUUUUAUCGAAAGAAAAUUGAAACAGGGGCUAUCACCCUCAAACUUGACGUAUUUAGUACAGCUGCUGGGGGAUGUUAUUUUCGUGCCACGUGACGCUCACACUAGAGAAGAACUGAUACAAAGGAGAGAAAGGGCGUUCGCUGAGAUAGAAAAUUUUGUACCUUUGUAUGUGGAGAGUUUCAUUGGGAAGAACUUCAGUGGGGGCUUGAAAACGCUUCUCGAGAUUUUGCAGCACCCGGAUUAUAAUAAGCAGUUGGCGUACAAUUUACUGGAUCUUAUUUUGUCUGAAAUGUACCCGAGUUUACGGAAUGCUAAAUAAAUUUUAAAAAAUU